AAGGAAGUUGUUUUGAAAUUGAACCGCGUGCGUCUGUGAACAUAGCAUAGGUGGAAUGAUAGAACUCUGCGUAAUAUACUGAAACAAGGAGAGAUUUACUAUUUCAGCUUUGUAUAAUUUGCAUUAAAAGACUGUGGAUAUGAUAACAGUAGGAAGUACGGAAAGGCCAUUAUGCCUAGUGGGCUUUCCUUUCACUAAUUUGGAAAACAUUAAUGGUAUGAAGUUUAAACUUCAUAAAGAUUCUAAAAGCUCCACAGUUAAAAAGCCAGAAAGGAUAUUGGUUGCUGAUAAUGGUCACAUAAAAUAUACUGGUUGUAAUUAUAAAAGCACAGAAGAAGCUUCGUGUUUAUUUAAAGUUGGUGUUUUCCAUAAAAGGAGCCAAAAGUUUAAAUUUUAUGAUGCUGAAGUUUUCCAUCUGCAACCCUUGUUGAAUAGUCAUAUGGAGGUUAAUAAAACAGGAAGCUACCAGGCUGAUGAUUUAACUUUAGCAUUUGGCAGUAAAUCUAGGCAAAAGAUGAUUAAUUCAAGAAGGAAUCUUGGACCUGCAGAAUCUAAUGUUAUUGAUAGUGAAUUUUUAAAAUUUGACACAAAUGAAAAUCUGGGAAUGAAAAGUGCUGAUUUAGGAUCAGAAAGUAAUAUUAUACCACCUCAAAAUAAAAAUGCAGCAUCUGUGUCUGAAGUUUAUAAUAUUAAUGACAUUAUUACAGCAGAAGAGUAUGAUGCUUUGGAAUCUCAUGCUGAAUUUCUUCUUGGAGCCUCUUAUGAGAAGAUAGCUGUUUGGAAGCAAGCUAGUGUGUACUGUGAUGUUGUUAUUAAAUACCUAGAAUCUUCGUGUGGAAGUCUGACAUUACAUAAUGCUAAACUUUUGUGUUACUUACAGUACAUGAUGUGUUUCCUGAAACUUACUUACUUGGAUAUGAGGAAAAAAGAUCCAGUACCUCAUGUUCCAGAGCCAUUCAAACAGAAGUUAAAAGAUAAAUUCUUUUUAAAGAAUAGGUCUUUUCCACCAAGCAUGAAAGAUAAAUUAUUGGCAUAUGCUAUGGUUUUAGCAUUAACUCUUCAUCAUUAUAAUCUAAAUGGUAAUCUUCUUGCUUCAAGCUGUAAAAUAGCUAUGAAAAGGAUCGACCUUAUUGCUGGUGCAUUGGGAUGUCAUGUUCGUCAAAAAGAUGAUGUUAAAUGGAUAGAAUUAAAAUUGCCUUUACGUGAGUUAAAAAUUGAGAAACAAAGAAAGUGAUAUCUUUAUGUUCUUUUUGAGUGAAUGAAGGAAUAUUGAAAACUAGUCAGAAGGUUAAAAAAUUUUGAGUUUUUGUAUUUGAAUUAUUAAAAACAGAAUAUCAACAAAUCUGGAAUCUCUUAUUCAUCUCUAGACUUGUAAAGACAAGCCAGUCUGCAUUAGAAAGUCUUUUUCGAAGGCCUGUAUCACUAAACUCUGCAUUAACGCGUUGAGCGUGGCGCCGGUCCCUGGAGACCAGCAGUGAACUUUUCAUGUGGCCGGUGUCGAGAAUAUUUUAACUUUAAUACUGUCGGUCCGGAGAACCAACAGUAUUAAAGUUAAAAAAAUAAAUAGUCUCAAUGAAAUGUGAUCAAAGUUAGUUUUAAUGAAAUGUAUUGAAACAUUCUAAACAAAAGUACGGCUCGCUGCCGGCUGAACGGAAAGGACAGCAAAUUCGGCGCCGCACUCCUGUUAAGUAACUAUGGGUAAAACUCAUGCUAUAUAUAUUUCGGCUGUAUUGAUGGUAAAAAAUUCUGCUUUUUCAGUCAUGAAAUCAAAGUGAUUCAGCAUAUAAAUGUAUGAAAUUAGAGCAAUAUGUUUGAAAUGUAUCAAGGCAGAUUUUGAAACUCUUUAACAGCUGGAAUCUUAACUAAAGUUUCACAGGGUAAAGGUACUGUAGUUUCUUAGGAAAGGAUGUUCCUUACGAACACUAAUGGAACCAUGAGUAAAAUGGAAGAAAUCUACAAUAUUGAAUGUUUUAAAUUUACCUUUACAAGUUCUUGAUGCAGAAUUAACAUCUCUAUUUCUUGUUA